ACUCACCUGCUUAUUCUCUCGCGCGCUCGCCUACUACACAGCGUCCACUGUUGACCGCAUCUCAGCUACUUGUUAGCCGUUCGACUUUAGUACGUUUCUUUUAUUGCCGGACGUGUAAUCAUUGCGCUCGAAUAAACAAUUAUUUUUUCUACAUCUUUCGCGAGUAAUCAAAUUUAUACUAGAUAAUACGAAAGUGAGUGCGUUGUUUUUUUUGGCGUAUAAUUAAAUAUAACGAUUAAAACAUGAUGUCGGAAUCCAACUCCACGCCAAUUACACCCGCGAUCGAAGACAGCAACAACACACCUGCCGCGGCGAAUAAAAAUGCCAAGAAGCCUUUGUCUGAGAAGGAGCUGAAGGAGCAGCAGAUUUAUAAUAAUUUCGCCACACCACUCAUUGGCACUUACCUCAAUUUGCCACAGGAUUCGGUAAUGUUAAAAUGUCCUGCUUGCGGCAUUGUUGAAAUGUCACAAGUCGAAAAUGAUAUGAAAUGGUGGGCGACGGAGUUCAAUCGCUUCGUCGGCUGUUUGUGGGUCACAUUUUGUUGCUGCUGCUGCAUGGACUACUUUAUACCAUGUAAACAAACGGAUCGCAAUCAUUAUUGCAAGAAUUGCGGUUGCUACUUUGGACGCGCUAUGAAGCACUCAGCAAUCAAACCUAAAAAGCUGGUCGCCAAGUCUUGAGGUGGCUGUCACCCACACACAAUUAUUUGGAAAACACAUACUCGUACAUAUUCCUUUACUGCCAAGGAGGCCGAUUAACGAAAAACUCAAAACAAAAACAAGAAGUAAUAAUAAGAAUAAUAAAAUUAAUAAAUAUGUUUGCUUUCCACUUUUUGUCUUCACGAAAACGCUAGAUAAAGCAAAGAAAAUAUACACAUACACAAUUAAAUAAAAAUAUUUUUGUAAAUAUGUAUGAAUAUAUAUGCAUAUAAUUAAAAAUAUAUAGCAUAAAAUCGUAAUUAAGCGCACAUAUUUACGUUUCUAUGUAUAUUUUUUUUGUAAGAAAAUUUAUAUAUACUUUUAAUUAUUUUUUACAUAAAGCUUUCGUAAACGCAUACAUGAAUUCUAGAGAUGUAUUGUAUUUGCAUGUGUAAUUUAAUAAAUAAUAAAGAGUUUGAUAUUUUAAGUUAAAUUUUCAUCAAA